AUGACUGGUGCGCCAGCCAUGACUGACAGCCUUUUGGCUGUCUGGCAUGCCUAUCGCCUGCCCAUCCUCGUCGUCGUGUCCGUCUUCUUCAUCACCCUCCGUGUCUACACUCAAUCCCAGUCGCGAUCCAAGACCGCUACCUCAUCCUCAGUUCCCGUCUCGCCCCGCGGCCAAUCGCCCGAGAAAUCUCAGAAACUCGAUGCCCCCGCAGAAAAACAGAUUGCCCCUCCGACCCCAGCCACAAAGGAAAUUGUCAAGCCCGCGCCCAAGUCGGCGAAGCCUGCAUCGGGGCCUAAGCGCGUGCAAGGGAAGAAGAAGCCAGCAAAGACCAUCGGCGGCCGCCGUCCAUCCGACGAAAAUAAUGACAAUGGCCCGCCGGUGUCUUUCAUCCAGCCUAUCGUCUUCUUCGCCUCAUUGACCACCACCACCGAGCGAUAUGCCAAUGUUCUUCUGGAAGAUCUACGCAUUGCCGCUGAAAAGCAGGCUGGCUCGGAGAACCGCGAACAAGGCAUUCUUCCCCCGCAACUCCAUGACAUCUCGUACAUCGACUUUGACGAUUUCUUCACCACCGUCCCGGAGUCGUCCUCCCCCGAUACCCGCUACGUUUACUCACCUUCUUGGGUCACCUGGAUGAAACCCACAAUGACUUCCGAAUCGACACGGCCCCCCCUUGCUAACUUGGCGGGCUACUCGGUCUUCGGUUUUGGAGACAAGGAAGAAUGGCCAACCGAAGAGCAGGGAUUCUGCUCGCAGGCCAAGGAAGUCGAUCGCUGGAUGGCCAAACUGACUGGUCGCAAGCGUGUGUAUCCAUUGGGUAUGGGUGAUGUCAAGAGCGAUGCUGAAAAUGCCCUGAAGGACUGGACCGAAGGUCUGCUGGAUAUCUUUGGAGACAUUCUGAAGUACGGAGGACUUGGCGAGGGUGUUCGUGGCAGCGGUGAUGCGAUGGAGAGUGACGAGGAAGAUGUGGAGGACGAGGACGAGUCACAAGUUGGAAAGAAGAAGUCCUCAACCAUGGUCGAUCUUGAAGAUAUCAAGAUGAAUGGUGAUUCCGCCGCGCCACUCCCUGUUGACUUUACCACCGUUGGAAAAGCCGUCACCAUCACAGACACCGCCAAAGAGAUGGUCCCCAAGACCUCUCCGACCUACACCGCUCUGACCAAGCAAGGAUACUCUAUUGUUGGCUCGCACUCCGGUGUGAAGAUCUGUCGCUGGACCAAGUCUGCUCUGCGUGGCCGCGGUUCAUGCUACAAAUACUCGUUUUACGGUAUCAAGUCUCACCUGUGUAUGGAAGCCACGCCUUCACUCUCUUGCAGUAACAAGUGCAUUUUCUGCUGGCGUCACGGCACAAAUCCUGUUGGAACCACAUGGCGUUGGAAGGUGGACGAACCCGAGCUGAUCUUCAACGGUGUGAAGGAGGGCCAUUAUAAGAAGAUUAAGAUGCUGCGCGGUGUUCCUGGUGUUCGUGCGGAGCGCUUUGCCGAGGCGAUGCGCAUCCGACACUGCGCCCUGAGUCUUGUCGGUGAACCCAUCUUCUAUCCCCACAUCAACCGCUUCCUUGAAAUGCUGCACAAUGAGCGCAUCUCCAGUUUCCUUGUCUGCAAUGCCCAGCACCCCGACCAGCUGGAGGCACUGUACCGUGUCACCCAGCUUUACGUCUCGAUCGACGCCAGCAACCGCGAGAGUCUGCGCAAGAUCGAUCGCCCCCUGCACCGCGACUUUUGGGAGCGAUUCCAACGCUGCAUGGAUAUUCUCCGCGAAAAGCGAAGCUACCAGCGCACUGUUUUCCGACUUACCUUGGUCAAUGGAUUCAACGUUGAUGACGAAGUGCAGGGAUACGCGAACCUGGUUGAGAAAGCUCUGCCGGGCCUGGUCGAGAUCAAGGGUGUCACAUUUUGCGGAACCAGCACCAGCGCCGGAGCCGGCCUGACGAUGAAGAACGUGCCUUUCUAUGAAGAGGUCGCCGCCUUCUGCGUUGCGCUUAACGCGGAGCUAGAGCGCCGAGGUCUGCAAUACGGCAUUGCUGCGGAGCAUGCACACAGUUGCUGUAUCCUGAUCGCAUCGGACAGAUUCAAGGUAAACGGCAAGUGGCACACCCGCAUUGACUACCAGCGCUUCUUCGAACUGCUGGAGCGAGAGAAGGCCGACGGCACCCCUUUCAUCCCAGAGGACUACAUGAUGGAGACUGAGGAGUGGGCAUAUUUCGGCAAAGGCGGAUUCAACCCCGAUGAUGAACGGUGGUUCCGCAAGAACGCCAAGCCUAGGCCGACCCAUCUUAUCCCCGCCGAAGCCCAAGCCCAAGUCGAUGCCCACGUCCAGGCCCAGGCCCAGGACUCAUGA